AUGACUCGGAGGCUGUCAUUACUCUUCACCUGGUUGUGGCUAGUCGAAUUGGGUUGGUUUGGAUUGAGCAGCAACGUGCUGGGACCUAAUACAACCAGAGAUCAACGUCGCGAUAUUAAGCUGAUGUACCGGCUUGGCUAUACACAAAAUGCUAUUGGGCUAGGGUUACAACUAUCGGAAGAUCAGGUCCGGUAUGCUAUUUCGCACGACGAAACGCCAACCAAGCGUUCCGGUCGGCCAAGCAAGUUGAACCAAGACCAGCUUGAAGAGCUAGAGGCGUUCGUUACGGCAAGCAAGGCCAAUCGGCGGAUGCCCUAUAGCAAGAUUCCCGCUGCCCUUGGUUGGAACGUUGGGGAAUACUGUAUUCGUCACGCGUUACGGAAGCUUGGCUACAACCGCUGCGUUGCCAAGCUUCGGCUGGAUUGGGCACUGGAACAUCGCGACUGGACUCUUGCACAAUGGGCUACGAUCCUUUGGUCUGAUGAAACGUGGGUUUCUCCCGGCAUCCAUAAGAGAAUUUGGGUAAUAAGGAAGCCCGGCGAAGAGCUUAAUCCGACCUGUAUUGUUGAGCGGUUGCGGAAGAAAGGCGGUUGGAUGUUUUGGGGUUGUUUUUCAGGCCUUGCAGACAAAGGUCCUUCGUUAUUCUGGGAGAAGGAAUGGGGAUCGAUAAAGCAGAUCUCUUACUGUGAGAGAAUCUGGCCACCCUAUAGCCCUGAUCUCAACCCUAUAGAAAAUGUGUGGAAUUGGAUGAAGGACUGGAUACAGGAAAACUACCCGCAAGAGACUAUGGGUUACGAUAGGUUACGGGUCGCUGUGCAAGAGGCCUGGAACGCUGUGCCAGUAGAAUUUUUAUACAAUCUAUUGGCUAUAAUGCCGGCCCGUUGCGAAGCAGUAAUUGCUGCAAACGGCCUACAUACAAAAUACUAG